AGCUCCUGGCGGACCUGGGGAGGGGUGGGUGUCCAGAGAUCAUGGCUCCGGCGGCGUCCAGGCUGUCUUAUGAGGCCGGGCUCGCGUCGCUGCCUCGGCGGGCGCUCUCCCAGUACCUGCGCCUCCUGCGGCUCUACCCGGUGCUCACUAAGGCGGCCACCAGUGGCAUCUUAUCAGCACUUGGGAAUGUCCUGGCCCAGAUGAUUAAGAAGAGGAAAAAAGAAAACCGCUCUCAAAAGCUAGACGGCAAUGGGCCUCUCACAUAUGCCAUUUACGGGUUCUUCUUCACAGGGCCACUGAGUCACUUCCUCUACCUCUUCAUGGAGCACUGGAUCCCUCCCGAGGUCCCCUGGGCAGGGGUCAAGAGGCUCCUCCUGGACCGCCUUAUCUUUGCACCGGCCUUCCUGUUGUCGUUCUUCCUCAUCAUGAACUUCCUGGAGGGCGGAGACCCGGCCGCGGGCGCCGCCAAGGUGAGGAGCGCCUUCUGGCCGGCGCUGCAGACCAACUGGCGCAUCUGGACCCCGGUGCAGUUCAUCAACAUCAACUACGUCCCGUUGCAGUUCCGGGUACUUUUCGCCAACCUGGUGGCGGUGUUCUGGUAUGCCUACCUGGCCUCCCUGGGGAAGUGAGGACGGCCGGAGAGGGUGUCCGUGCACUGCUGAGCUGAGUGUGGGCAGCGCUCGCCUGCCCGGGGUGAGUGCAGAAACAGCCUGGUCACAACAUGCCUGACGCCAGAUCCUGUGAUUCAACGUGCCUUAAAGUGAUGGAGAAUCAGCAUCUCUUAAUGUUAGAAUCUUGUGCUUUAAAAAGGCAGUAGCUGAAUUCAGGUGGUGCUGCCUAGAAACUUAAAACACAGUCAUGAUGAUUUCACGAGCCAUCUUGGACUAAAUUAGAUCAUAAUAAAUUCUAGUGUAGCUUUUUCUGUGGCGAUUUUAA